AUGGAGCUGCGGGCGGUGCUCGGGCUGGCGCUGCUCUGCUCCGCGCUGGAGGCGGCGCCGGCCGGCCCGCAGCGGCCCCGCUCCGCCGUGGGGCAAUUCUGGCAUGUAUCUGACCUACAUUUAGAUCCGACUUACCACAUUACCCCUGAUCGCACCAAAGUCUGUUCUUCUUCCAAAGGAGCCAAUGCCUCCAACCCAGGCCCUUUUGGGGACUUUUUGUGUGAUUCUCCUUAUCAACUUAUUUUGUCAGCAUUUGCAUUCAUGAAGGAUUCAAAAGAGCAGGUUUCAUUCAUGAUUUGGACAGGAGAUAGCCCUCCUCAUGUUCCUGUAAAAGAGCUCUCAACGAAGUUGGUCAUCAGCAUCAUUGGUAAUCUGAGUUCUACAAUUCGUAGUUUCUUUCCAGAUCUUCAGGUUUUCCCAGCCUUAGGCAAUCAUGACUACUGGCCACAGGACCAGCUUCCUGUAACUACCAGUGAAGUUUACAAUGCUGUAGCAGAUUUCUGGAAACCUUGGCUAAGUGAUGAAGCAAUCAAUACCUUCAGAAAAGGUGGCUUCUACACGCAGCUGUUUGAAUCCAGUAAUAGCCAUCAACCACUCAGGAUAAUCAGUCUGAACACAAAUUUGUAUUACAGCCCCAACAAGGUAACUGUGAAUAUCACAGACCCAGCCAACCAGUUUGCCUGGCUAGAGGAAAUACUUGAAACCUCUUCACAAAAGAAGGAAAAGGUGUAUAUAAUAGGUCAUGUCCCAGUAGGAUAUUUGCCAUAUGCAAGGAACACUACAGCUGUCAGGGAGUAUUACAAUGAGAGGCUGGUAAAGAUUUUUCGCAAAUACAGUAGUGUUAUUGCGGGCCAGUUUUUUGGACAUACACAUAGAGAUAGUAUCAUGGUCCUCCUGGAUGAAGAAGAAAAGCCAGUCAAUUCCUUGUUUGUGGCACCUGCUGUAACCCCAGUGAAGGAUGUAUGGCAAAUAGAGUCCAAUAACCCUGGUGUCAGAUUGUAUCAAUAUGAUCUUUUUGACUAUAGCUUGCUGGAUCUUUGGCAGUUUUACUUGGACCUCAGAGACGCCAACAAGAAAAAUGAAUCGAACUGGAAAUUAGAAUACAUCCUGACUGAAACUUAUGGCAUUGAAGACUUGAAGCCAGAAAGCCUAUAUGAAAUGGCCAAGCAGUUGUCUAUGCCACACAGCACACUGUUUGAGCAGUAUUACAGUAACUAUAUUGUGAAUUAUGACAAAACUAUUCUCUGUGAAGAGGGGUGCAAGACCUGCCAAAUAUGCUCAAUCCUCUAUUUAGAUUACUCCUCGUACACAGAUUGCAUCAAUCAGGGGGCAAUGUGGAGAUGAAACCUCUGUGCAGUUAAUGCAGAUAGUGACUUUAGCCUGUGAUUUAAAGAACCUGCUGCUUAUUUCGCUCAAGCACUGACAUGCUUGAGCCUGUGGAACUUCUCUACAUUUCAGGGGAGAGGUAAAACUCCCUAGAUCUUUCUUUUUGCAAAUAUGUUUUCCUUUAUCAUCUAAAUAAAAAUUUAUUUGCUAUGUA